CCCUUGGCUACUCUGGGAGCGCCGGCUAGAUCCCCGCGCCCCGCGCCGCCCCCCCCCCAUCCCCGAAUGGUCUGCUCCAGCCUCACCUCCGGUCCCAGGUGUCAUGGCCGCCCCGAGAGGCUAGGACGGCUCUGCAGCGGUCGUGCGGGGUCCGGAGCCCGCGCCUGGGGAGCCCGGCGGAGGAGUCGCGGUGCCGUGACUGCGGAGGAGGCGGCGGCCGCUCGCGCUCGCGGCGAUGGCGGCGUCCGGCAGCUGUAUGGCCCAGAAGACCUGGGAGCUGGCCAACAACAUGCAGGAAGCCCAGAGCAUCGAUGAGAUCUACAAAUAUGACAAGAAGCAGCAGCAAGAGAUCCUGGCGGCCAAGCCCUGGACUAAGGAUCACCAUUACUUUAAGUACUGCAAAAUCUCAGCGUUGGCUCUACUGAAAAUGGUGAUGCAUGCCAGAUCCGGAGGCAACCUGGAAGUGAUGGGCUUGAUGCUGGGGAAGGUGGAUGGGGAAACGAUGAUCAUUAUGGACAGUUUUGCUUUGCCUGUAGAGGGCACCGAAACACGAGUCAAUGCUCAGGCUGCUGCGUACGAGUACAUGGCCGCAUACAUAGAAAAUGCCAAGCAGGUUGGGCGCCUUGAAAAUGCAAUUGGCUGGUAUCAUAGCCACCCUGGCUACGGCUGCUGGCUUUCUGGGAUUGACGUUAGCACUCAGAUGCUCAAUCAGCAGUUCCAGGAGCCAUUCGUAGCAGUGGUGAUUGAUCCAACAAGAACAAUAUCUGCAGGGAAAGUUAAUCUUGGAGCCUUUAGGACAUACCCAAAGGGAUACAAACCUCCUGAUGAAGGCCCUUCUGAGUACCAGACUAUCCCUCUGAAUAAAAUAGAAGACUUUGGUGUACACUGCAAACAAUAUUAUGCCUUAGAAGUAUCAUAUUUCAAGUCCUCCUUGGAUCGCAAAUUGCUUGAGCUUUUAUGGAAUAAAUACUGGGUGAAUACGCUGAGUUCCUCUAGCUUGCUUACCAAUGCAGACUAUACCACCGGCCAGGUCUUUGAUUUGUCUGAAAAAUUAGAACAGUCAGAAGCUCAGCUGGGACGAGGGAGUUUCAUGUUGGGUCUGGAAACACACGACCGGAAGUCAGAAGACAAACUUGCCAAAGCUACUCGAGACAGCUGUAAAACGACCAUAGAAGCUAUCCAUGGAUUGAUGUCUCAGGUUAUUAAGGAUAAACUGUUUAAUCAAAUUAACGUCUCUUAAACAAUCAUAAGUAGUACUUUUGCUUGAAAGCCAGUGUGAGAAAAUACUCAAGUAACAUUUUAAAAACAGUUACCAAAAAUCUGAUUAGAAGUAUAAGGUGCUCUGAAGUGUCCUGAAUAUAUUAACAUCCUAUAAUAAAAGUCCUUAAAAUGAAA